CAUACACCACUUCACAUAAACAUACCGUAUAGUAUUGCACGGUAUCAAAAAGCUCCUAGAACACGAAACCAACUGGCUAGGCCCCAAAAAGUUCGGUUCUACUACACCUCAAUCAGUUUCUGAAAAAGGAAGUUUCGCCCGAUAUUAGUGUUUGUAAUAUGUCCCUUUUCGUUGGAAGAGCUGGUUGUUUAAAACGAGCAGCAGCACGAUCAAUUGGAUUGCGUAGAUUUGCUUCGGUGGGAGACCAGUUGCCGAGUGUCGAGCUACACCUCGGAUUCCCACCCGAAAAGCACAAUCUGGCCGACUUUGCCAAAGACAAGUCCAUCUUGUUGGUGGGGUUGCCUGGUGCCUUUACUCCCACCUGGUGAGUGCUUUGAAAAUGGCAACAACGACGUGAAGUUUUUAUGCACCCAGUAACUUGUCUCACUCACUUUCUCGUCCAUACACCCAAAUCGCUUUUUCGAAAUUGCGACAACAAAGAUCCACAAAACAGAUCCCCAACUAUCUCGAACACCAAAAGGCACUUCGAAAGGAAGGGAUAAAAUCAGUCAUUGUCUAUUGUGUCGUAAGUGGAGUUCCUUAGAUGUACACAUUGCUAGGACUGGAGAGUCAUGGUAUCAAAUUGAUCGAAUCGAAUGCCAUUCUUACUCAAAACAAAAGUUUCGUGAUGCAUAAUUCCAUUGGAAUCGUUGCAUUAUUUCUGUUCCUGUGCUAUUUAUUUUUCUUAGAAUGACGCUGCCGUAAUGCAGGCAUGGUCCAAGGACCAAAAAACUGGUUUGUCCAUGUUGCAACUAAUGGCCGAUCCAAAGGUAUGUGCGAAUCAUUGCUAUAUACACUGUAAGCGCAGCACGUUUUUGAUGUAGCGUGUUUGCGAUGCAGAGUUUGUGAGCCUUGAUUCGUAUUACGUCGACGAAUAGCAAGGCGGAUAACUACGAGACUCAACAAUACUAAUUAUUCUAACCGAGAAUUUUUUGGAUUGCAAUCUAUUCCUUUCUUGCCAAAAAUACAAUUAACAACCGAACCAACAGGGUGAUCUGACCAAGGCCCUUGAUCUCGAAUUGACCCACCCAGGUCCCACCGAAGGCGCCGGAUUGUGGGGACGCUGCAAGCGCCACGCGAUCUACGCCGUGAACGGUGAAAUUAAAGCCGUUCGGGUGGCUGAGUCCGAGGACGAUCCGGCCGGAGACGAAUUCCCGGACGUCACCCUGGCCGAUGCCAUGUUGGAGGUCAUUCGCGGUGUUAAGGCAGAUGACAAGUAAACUAUGAGUGGCAAAAAUCUGGUAGAUGUGACCGAUGGCCAGGUGGAUUGAUUGGAUAGACUUAUUUGCUGAAUGGCUUGUGUAAUGUCACCGAGAUGGUAGCUUCGCCUUUUGGAAGUGGGUUGGAACGGAUUAAUGACGCCUUUCGUGACGAGGACAAUUCUUUGAUUGAUGUCCAACCCGCACACACAGCGUGGUUGCUCGUCCUUUGCCGAAAUGCUGACAACCAGGGAAUAUGCAAAUAAUGGAACAAUCCAUCA